CUUACCUAAAACAUCUUAUUUAAAUAUUAAUUUAACAACAGGAAUAAUUCAAACAACAAAAAAUUCAUUUGAUUAUGAAUUAAUUCAAACAUAUUCAUCAUUAAUAAUAGCUUGUGAUAAUAUUAAUUCAUUACCAUCAUUAUGUUGUUAUUUAAAAUUAAAUAUAAAUAUAAUUGAUAUUAAUGAUAAUUUACCUUAUUUAAUUUAUCCAUCAUCAAUAAAUGAUAUAUUUAUUAUUAAUUAUACAAAUAAAACAAUGCCACGUUUAAAAGCAUUUGAUAAUGAUAUUGAUUCAAAAAAUAAUUUUAUAUCUUAUUCUAUUAUUGGUGGUUCAUUAAAUUCAUCAAUAAAUAUUGAUUAUCUUUCUGGUCAAUUAUAUCUUUUAUCAACAUCAAUACUUCCACUUUAUGGUACUCUUAUUAUUUCACUUUCUUAUCAAACAAAUAUUCAAUUAACAUUACUUAUUCAUGAUAAUCAAACUGAUCCACAAAAAUUUUUAAUAUCAAUUCAACAAUAUUCAUUUUCAUCACAAUUAUUUUAUUUUAUUUCUUUUAUUUUAAUUAUUAUUAUAAGUUUUUUUCUUAUUAUCAUUUUUCUUAGUUUUUACUUUUUUAAACAAAAACAUAAUUAUCAACAAAAACAAAAACAUGAUGAUGAUCCAUUAAUGAAUACACCAUCAACAACAACACUUUCUGCUCGAUCAAUAUUAGCAACAACAACAACAAUUAAUAAAAAAAUCUAUGAUACUUAUUAUUCAUUUGGAGAUAGUGUUACUCAUGAUAUUAUUCAUGUUUAA